UUUUAACACUAGUAUGAGAGAUACGAAAUUAUAUGGAUUUUGUGAUUUUGUCGUAAACUCUGUUUACACAAAUCCUGAUAGGAGCCAUUUCAAUCUUGAUUUAAAUUUCAAGCACCUUUAUUUGAACGGUACAUAUGACUUUGGGUUACGACUACUGAUGCAAAUUAAUCACAAGGGAAUGAUUCAAAUUAUUGUAGAUAAUGUAAAUAUAAAAGUAAAAUUAGACUUGAAAAUGAUAACUAAGAACGGCAACAAAUACAUAUAUGUAUCGAAAUUAAGCGUAAAUCUCGACAUCAGGGACUUUAACUACAAGAUUGAUGAGAGCAGAAAGGAACUAGCUAAUUUUUAUGAAAUAAUGAAAAAUAUCAUAAAUACCAAUAAAAAGGACUUUGUGAGGCAAGUUAAAUCACCUAUAGAAAAAGAGAUCUCCGAAAAUAUUAUUUCAAUUUUGAACGAUGUAUUUCGACGUACUAGUUAUGAAGAGCUAUUUCCCGAAAAAACAAGAAUUGUCUAG